AUUACUAAGAUCCGGCUGCCACAGGCUGGCGAUUUCAGGACAACUGCUUGACAAAAACCGGCGCUCCACACGACCACCGUUUCUUCCCCCAAGAAUGUAGGCGUUGAGGCGGCGGCGGGAUUAUGCCUGCCAUCGCGGGGUUCCUGUCCAAGCACGAAAGGCCAGAAGAAGGAGAAGCGGCAGCAGCGGGCGGAGGCAGAGUGCAAUGGGGAGACCGUUUCUAGUCAAAUUGAAAGGCAGAGCCUACGGAUGCAGUUCCUGCAACAGGCCUCUUGUUCUUGCUGACGAUUGGGUCGCCGAGGUGCAUGAUUUCUUUGAUUCUCCAGUCGGAUAGGGUGAAGAAAAAGGGGGAGCUUUUAAGGUAGCUUGGUCAUGAUCUGAUUGGUUCCGAUGGAGGGUUCGGCGUGAGUUUGCUUCAAACGCAAUGGGUACUCACCAUUUGUGGAAGUUCUUGAACUAAAUGAAGAGGAGGGGUUGCUAAAGGUACCCAAAUAGAUGGAAUUUGGGGGAAAUGCCUGAUGGUUUGUCGUGGAUUGUUGGUUUCUUUGGUCUGUUGGAUCGGUCGGUUGUGCUCGAGUGGUGGGCUGGCAGGCGAACUGGGGUACUUUAGGUCCAGUUUCUUUGCCAAUUGGUUCUAUUUUAAUCCGGAAGCUAGUGGCAUGGUGGUUAGCCGGCCAAUGCUGUAGUAGACAUGGCGGGUCGAGAGUGAAGAUGCUUCUUAACUUUAUAUACUAUUUGUGUUCUCUCUCUAAUUUAUCACCAGUCAACUUCUCACUUGUAGUGAAGGAUCCUUGGUUAAACCCUUUGUUGAGGAUGAAACUAGGAUUUGAUUUGCAGCCUAUGAAGUCGAAAAAUUGGGCUGUGUGAUCUGGACAAUGAAGCAUAUAUAUGAAGAUAGAAUAUAAUGAUAACAAUGUUCACUGUUAAACAGUGAGGAGAUGUCUAAGUGCAUGAAGUUAUUAUUCAUGCAAAAAACACUUGGGCGAGUUUUUCACGUCACUUUUUGGUGAAGGCCUUUAAAGUGAGAGAACAACAGUAGUAAUCUUCAAAUUAACACAGGGUCGAUAGGAAAAUGGCAUGGUCAUGUGGACAAAUAUCUGGCACUUGUAUUUGGUUGAUGCAGAAGUUUUAAGGGGGAUGCCAAUCCUGUAUGGGUAUUGCUGAAUGGAAGGACAUGCCUACUUCAAGCAGUUACCCCUCAAGAUCCAUUGCCACCAGGGAAGGCCAUUCCUUUUCAUUAAUGUGGUGAAUAUAACAGUUGGAGGUGAGGAAAGAUUGAUGGCUCGUGAAGGGAUCAUUGUUAAAGAUAUUUUCUGUCACUGGUGUGGGCAAUGCCUCGGUUGGAAGUAUGUUACUGCACUUGACAAGAAAGAAGAGUAUAAGGAAGGGAAAUUCAUGCUCGAGAGAUGCAAGAUCAUGGUGGGGGUCGCAGAUGAUAUCAGUUUGGAAGUCCACCCCAGUUUGAGCGACAGAGAGAACGAGGAGGAUGAUAUCAGUUCGGAGCUCCGCCCCAGUUCGAGCAACGGAGAGAACGAGGAGUUGACGGAUGAUAUCAGUUUGGAAGUCCACCCCAGUUCAAGUGACGGAGAGAACGCAUAGCAAGUCAUCGCAUUUUCGCAUUCAUUAGGUAGUUGAAUGCUGCCCAGAAAAUUGCUCAAGAGCAACUUGAAGCCUAUGGUAUAUUUGGGUUAGAGACGGAUAUUUUCCAAGAGUGCAAAUAUGUAGUCAUCGUAGCGUGAGCGCCUUUCGCGAGUAAAUAUGGUUUUCUUAUGGCGCAGAUCAAAUUAGAAUUGGCGAUAUGAACGGGGUAAAUUACGUUUCUAGGAGAAGUUAUUUGGAAUUUGACAUAUGCCUGUCGUGGUUUCUAAAUUAUAGAUUAUAGUGUGUGAUUUGGUG